UCUGUUCUCACCAUCAAACGGUCAGAUUCCUUGUCUUUUUCUUCUUCUUCUGCUUUCCCCUGCCAUCAAAUACCCCAUUCACGCCCCUCUCUCCCCAAAUCCUCUGCCGUUCCAUUAUCGAAAAUGAGCGCCGCUUACUACCGCACUCACAAGAUCUUCCUCCUCUCAAAUUACAUCCUGUUGGGCGCCGCCUCAAGUUGCAUCUUUCUCACACUCUCCCUCCGUCUAAUCCCCUCCGCCAUCGGCUUCCUCCUCAUCCUCCUCCAUGCCCUCACCAUCGCCGGCGCCAUCUCCGGCUGCACAGCCGCUAACUCAACCUCCGGCAAAUGGCAUGGCGCUCACAUGGUCGCCACAGUUCUCACCGCUAUCUUGCAGGGCUCGGUCGCCGUCCUCAUCUUUUCAAGAACUUCGGAGUUUCUUCUGGGCGGACUCAGGUCCUACGUGAGGGUUGAUGACGGAGCGAUCAUACUGAGAAUGGUGGGCGGCCUCGGAGUCGUGAUCUUCUGCUUGGAGUGGGUUGUUCUCUCUCUAGCUUUUGUGCUAAGGUACUACGCGUAUGUGGAUGGAGACAGUGCGAGAAUGAACGCUAAGGUGCAGAGUGAGGAUGAAAUGAAGAACUGGCCGUGGCCGUUUCAGGUCUGAUUUUGUUCAGAAGCAGACAAUCUGAUCUUUUUUAGAUUUGAUUUGAAGAAGAAGAAGACGAUUUAGAGAUUCUGUGAUCUGUACUUAGUGAAGAUUUGGCGUAUUGUUCGUUGGUUUUUUUUUUUUUUUGAAUUUGUUCUAUUGUUUACUGUGAGAGUUUCAGUUAGUUAUGGUGUACUGAUUUCUUCGAGAAUACAUAUGUGGUUUUUCAUCU